CCUCGUUAAAAAUAAAGCAACUGUGCUCAGCCAAUAUGAAAAAAAAAAAAUAGUAAAGCUUUGUGAUUGGGUUGGGGUUCAAGUAGUGAAACUCUGAAACCAAACCUCAUAUUUCUUUCACACUCCGAUUCUUGAAGCUCAAGUUAGAAUCAAAAGUGUUAAAUUUUGAUGCAUUUGGAAACUUAAAACAUGUCCGUUGAUCCCAGUGUGCCAAUGAAUUAUGUGGAUGAUGAUGCUUCUUCGGGCUCGGGUGAUGAUGUGAACAUGCUAGAUGGACACAACAAGCGUCAGUCUGUGACACCAUCAAGUUCUGGCCGGCGCAAGAGAAGUCGGAAGGCUACUGGAGAUGCCAUAGUGGAUGCUAUGCUAGAAAUUGCAGCUGCUUCAAAAAUGAGGGCGUCUGCAAUUAUGAAGAAUGAGGACCGGUUUUCUAUAAGCAGAUGCAUAAAAGUAUUAGAUGAGAUGCAAGGUGUUGAUCAACGGAUUUACUUUCUUGCUUUGGAUUUAUUUGAGAACCCCAAUGCUAGGGAAAUAUUUAUAUCUCUUAAGAGUGUCAAAAGGUUGCUAUGGUUGCAAGGCAAGUGUAGUUCUUUGUCUAGUUGAUUAAUGAAUAGUUUUAAUGACAUUAUUAGUUGUGUACCUUGUAGUCUCAUCAUUUGGUUUCAGUAUGUAUGACCCUAGUGGUGCCUAGUUACUUCUAUUAAUGUAACAUCUUGACUUCAUGGUUGUUUGAUUUGGAUGAGUGAUCUUAAAUGAUAGGUAGCCACUUUUAUUUUUAUUUAUUUAUUUAUUUUUUUAAGGAAAAUACAUUGCUUGGUUUUGUGGACUGGAUGGUUGAUUGGUCUUCUUUUAAGAGUUAUUCACUGUUUGCUUUGCAUUACACAGGCUUUGUUUGAUUUUAUUUCACAGAUAAGUCAACUAGCAUGGAUGACCUUGACUUAGAAAUGGAAGAGAUGGAACUAAUUGCUGAAGCUGCUUGUUACUAUUAUUAUAAUAGCAUAACUAGGCAAAUUUGUGGAAAAAUUGAGAGUAUAUAGAAAAACCUGUCUAUUAGAAUCAUAAAAACACCAUAGGUUUAAAUACAGCUAACUAGAUGGUAAACUAAAAAAUUUAAUAUUC